UCCAUGGUUUAUAGUAAUCAUUAGCAUUUUAUACAAUAUUGUGAAAUUUAUCCGCUCGAUUUUAAACUUUAAGAACUUGGGGGUAGAUAUCAAAUCAAUAUCCGAAACAUGACAUAUUGUGGUAACCUGACGUGCAGCCGUAUGUACGUUUCUGUAGUUAGCGCUACCACCAAGACGGGUUUCCCGCCUACGCGACAUAAUGGCGCCACCGCCGCCCGGCUGGACCCGAUUAAUACAAUAGUUAAAAGCCACUCGCAGUCGCUUACCGCUUCAUGACUCGAGUGGAUGAUUUUGGUUUUGCUCGCCCCAGCCAACAUUAAUUUUGAUAUAACAAAAAAUAUUUUCUCAUUAACUGGAAAAGGAGGUGGAGUUCUAUUAUAACAUUAGUCAUUUUAUAAUCGAACUCGACGUUACCUACUUGCACUGAAUAGAAAUACCUUCUUAAUUAAUAUUGAUAAGGCGUAAGAGAUAUAAACAUGAGCAUCUGUAGGUAGGUAUAAGUAAUUAAUACACAAAUACGUUGUGUAACAUGGCAUUUGAAUGAUGAUGCAGAGUGAGCAGAGAUCCCCGUGCCGCACGGCCCAAGGUCGUGGCGUGACGUAUGAGCUCGGCAACAGGCGAGAACGCCAAACAACGCAACAAGUGCCCCGCGCCCCCGCGCUUUGCGUGCCAUUUGCGAACAGCUGUCAUAGCAUAGUAGGUAUUAACUACCACUUAUGCCGACGUAUAUGAAAAUGGCGAUACUUUUGAUUGUGAUUAAUGUGGUUCUUAGAGUGUUAUUAAAUUUAUCAGUUUAUCGCGCAAAAACACCGAACUUUUAUUAAAAAAUAAGUUUUUGGUUUAAUUCUUUUUUCUCUGAUUCGUUGCAUUCUCUGAGUAUCUGGCUGGUGUGAUUAGUAAAUAGUAUUUGUGAGAAGUAUCGCCAAGUCGGUGUAUCGCCUGUUUCCUGCAGGCUGUACGCAAUAGAGCUAUUGGUGCCUACUAUCAGCGAGCGCGUGCGUCAUCGCCUCCGCACUACUGAUAAGCCUCCACCAAUUAUUAUCAUUGCAAAUAAGUAUGAGUAUGUUUAUACUUUCGUAUUCAGUAGGAAUAAUAAAUACUUAUAUCUCGGAGUUUCCUCCACAAUGUCGUACAGUUUGUGAUUAUUACUGAUUUAAAACGUGUUAGUGGUAUGUUAUUUAUUUCUGCGGGUAAUACUUUGUUAUAUAAAAUAUUUGAUAACAAGGUCUCUCCGAUAGUUGAGUUCAAGCGAUAAGCUAAAUAUAGGAAAGUUGCCAUUUGACGCUAAAGAAAAGAUACCCGAGAUGAUUACUUUCUGAAUUUAUCAUUGGUGUAUAAAAUUGACUGAGUUAUAAUUUUCUAUUAUAGAGAAUGUUAAUGUUAAAAUGACGCUUGUAUACAAAGCCAAUAACCGUUCUAGUCGAGCGCAACCGUUACGAAAUCAGUGCUGCAUGAAAAUUACACUGCGUCGCUCGUGCUACCAAUAGCUACUAUGUAGGUUGGCAUCCAUGUUACUCCGACUUAAAUAUUUCCAUAGUUUUGUAGUUAUAAUAGACAGGUGUAGAACAUUUGAAAGCAAAACUAAUUAUUUACACAAAAUAUCAAUAUGUUUUACGUCAUUAUAUUACUUCUCAUGGUUACUUCACCCUCAUUAAGUAAACGCCGAUGCUACUUUAAUCGCGGUGUUAAAGUCCGUGCAUAGAUACGUAUAAAUAGAUUACGAAGAACGACCGAUCCGGUUGCGGUGAAGGAGAGAGAUAGAUAAAACGCGACAUGAAUCACUACUCGCAGGGAGCACAGUCAGAGCGGCGCGCGGGUGGUGCGGGGGGAGCGGUCGGAACGAAACCAAACGACUCAACUGGUACAAACAGUUGUACAGUCAUCCGCGCCGUGGUACCGUGUAUCUUGCGUUGCUUCACUUGGUUCGAGUGUUAGCCAUUGGCUACACUACACGUUCAAAAAGAAAAUAAAUAUAUAUCUUGUUAUCUAUACCGCGAUAAUUAAUUUGUGAUAAAGAAAGUAUCUAGUAUCUAUGAGGGGCAGAGUGAGACGAAUGUGACGACAUUACAGGUGUACGUGUGUGUGUGUAUAUGCGGCGUGGAUCGUCGCGCAAUUAAUAACGAUGAUUCACUUGCGCGCGGGUGAAAUGCAGCCUAUCGGACUUGUUGACAUUUAUUCUGGAAGCGUAAACAAAUGAUAUCAAGACAACAUUAGUAUAAUGGUGGACUGACUCAUUAAACCGCGAUUGAAAAAACGCGGGUAAGAUGCCGCUUACACAAGAAAAACGUCUCGACAGCAACUUCAACAACAAUGACCAGAGCUACCUUCACAAGAAAUUUAAGAAAAUGGCAUCUACUAUUUCUGUUUUUCCGACCAAUCCAAAUAGGGUCGGAGAAAGCAUACAUAAAGAGAUAAAUGUAACUAACUGUAAUAAUUUGAUUUCUAAUGGGAGUAUUGCAUCAAACCACCCUGAAAUAGAAAAAAUAAAAUUAAGACAAAAUCAGCAAAUAUGCGAUGAGGUUGAGAAAAAUGUACAAACUAAUUUUAACGAUGAAAAUAGUAGAUUAAGUAAUGUAAAUAAUAAUGUUCAAGUAUCUGGUCAGACCAGUUUUACAGAUGAAUUUUCAAAUAAGACUGAUAACCUUGAGAAUGAUUUUAUCAAGGAAUCCUAUAAUGGUGGAAUAGGAGGACGUUAUAUAUGCCCCUACUGCAAGCUAUCCUGUGCCAAGCCUUCUGUGCUACAAAAACAUAUCAGAGCCCAUACAAAUGAGAGACCUUAUCCUUGUGUACCUUGUGGUUUCGCUUUUAAGACGAAAUCAAAUCUAUAUAAACACUGCAGAUCGCGAACACAUGCGUUGAGAUUACAAGGAUCUGAUGUUUCCAUGGCUAUAAACGAUGAAGAUUUAUCUGGUGGAUCAGAAAGCGAUACAUCUAUGCCGCCGACGCCUGCCUCUGAUUUUGGUUCAGAUGCAUCGAAUACCCGCCUUGAAAACUUGAGACCUAGAGAAUUUUCAUCCCCAGAGUUGACUAAUGAUUCCAUAACACAAACCAAUGCUAACUUUUCCACAUGUGAAAACAAAUUGAGAUCGAUUUAUAAACCAAAAUUUAGAGCCGCUUUUUAUCCAGACGGUGAUGACAAAGAUAAAAUAAAAAAGACGAUGUCACCAAAUGCAGAUUUUCUUACAGAACAUAUCUCUAAAAUUAUAUCAGAUAAUGAAGCUAUUGUUGACGUUAUAGAGACACCUUUACAAAAAAAAUAUGGUAAAAUAAAGCAAAUUGCGGAAAGUAAACAAUUCUUACAUGAAAAUUUAGAUUUAAAACUAGAUUCAACACCGUUAAACUUAACAAAAAAUAGUGAUCAAAAUGAAAGUAGUUUUAGAAAGAGAUCACAUUCCGAAAGUUUUUCUCAAAUUGAUUACCAAAAGCAUCCAUUGAAUCCUGAAGGAUCUAUAAUAAAAGAUCUUUUACUUAAAACUAAAGCUAAUGGAUUAGCUACUGCAACAGGUGAAGUGGAGGGACAAGGGCAGUUGUUUGUUUGUCCUUUAUGCCAAAUAACUUAUAGAAGUGCUGACAAUUUGGAAAUUCAUAGAAUGUAUUAUUGUAAAGGAAGUCUUAUUACUGCAACUAGCGUUAAUCAAAAAAAAGUAGCGAAACCAGAAAACAUUUUCGUCAGAAGCAAUUCCAUCAAUGUACGUUUACCAGAAACGCAACCAUCGUUUUCUAAGAUGAAUGCAACAAAAUCGACUCCUUUGAGGACUAAGCCUGAUAAUCUCAUCAUUACGAAGUCUGAAUCAAAUGAUAUUGUAGCACCGUUGCCAUCGCCUGGACCGUUACUUGGAAAUACUCGGCUUGUGGAUGUUAAAACUUCAAAUGAUAUUUCUAGAAAAACGGAUAAUAAGUUGAAACCUAUUGCUAGUCCUAAAAGAAGAAUAGAUGGCAGAGCUGAUACUUAUAGUCCGAGACUAUUAGAGAAUGCUUCUCCGCGUUCUGUGGAUAUUUAUUCACAACAUAAAAUAAGGUGUAUUGAUACAAGUACGACGGGACUACGAAUGAUUGAAGAACUCGCACCACAUAUGAGACAUAACUCCACAUCACUUCAAAUGUUUGGCGGUGAAGUAAAAAUUGUGGACCACUCAGGCGGUACUACCACUUUAAGAAUAGAGCCUAGUAAAAACCAACUAUCGCCGAUUCUAAUUCAACAAAGUCUGUCUCCGUCAAAACUUGCAAAUGACUCUGAAGCAAGUAGUGUUGUGGUUCGUUCCGGUUUACAUUCUGGAGGAACAAUCAUGCAUAACCCUCCUACUCCGAAAGAAGUACUUGGAACACCACAGCCACCUACUCCUAGAAUUUCUAUAUCGACUGCGCCUAGUAUAUCCAGUGCAAAUCUUCCGAAUUUACAUGAUAUAACACAUUUUCAAUUUCCACCUCUAAGUGCUAUUACAGCUUACAAUCCAUUAACUUUGCCGCCUCUCAGUCCCUCAUCAUCUCCGAAUGGUGCAACAACUAUUUUGCAUGGUGGAAAACUUAUACCUCAUGUCCCAGGUAUGCCAGGUCCGAAUACUCCUGGUGUUUAUGUUGCAACCAAUCAGAUGUCCUCAAAAACAUUAGUGAAUGUUGAAACUAUUAAAGCGCCUGUAAAAUUACUUCAUGAUGACUUGGUGUCCAUGAAUGUACCAUCAAGUAAAACUAAUACAGUUUCCGAGACGUUGUCUAGCAGGAAUUCUAAUUUAAAAUCAGUUCACUCGGAAUCGGAAAAUCUUAAAAAACAAGAACAUUUACCAACUAGUAGUGUGCCACAAUAUAACUCACCGGUUCCUAUAAUAAAGGUGAAAAAUGUUGACGAUACGGAAUCAGUGAAAAUAUACCCAUUUGGUUUAAACAAAUCGCUUAGUACAAAACAAGAUGGAGCCGUAAAAAGAACUUCCGACGGCAUACCGAAGACUCUUAUUUUAAAAGAUAAUUCAAAUUCUUUAACAAGCAAGAUCAAAAGUAAAGAAAGAAUACAUUCUUCCUUUAAACUGAACAAUUCGGGCAAAGCAGAAACUGAAAUCAGAAAUUUUAAUUUUGAAAAUUUAAUAACUAAGGCUGAAAUAUAUAAUAAUCAAAUUCCUUGUUCAAUGGAUAUUCAAAAAAGUAAAAACACACAAGAUUCUGAUGCAACUUCUACUCAAAAUGAACGAUCAGAGACCUCAUAUUUUCAAAAAAGUACUAUCGCAAAAUCUGCCACAGAAGAAAGAAAGCCUAAAUUUCUACGUCCAACUACUUUACCUUUAAAACCAGGAACGUUUACACCAAAAAGGCAUCAUGGAAUUACACCUAAUGCUAAUACGAUGCCAUUAGUGUCCCCUGAAACACCCAGACCGGCUAAAGCUUAUGGUCAACUUUAUUUGAAUGGCAACGCAUAUACAUAUUUGGGAUUAAAAUGUUCAACUAAAGUAUUUUACUGUACGAUCAAUCGUCCUCAGCCGACUUAUGUGCCAAAUCAACACUUUUUAUCGAUGUACAGUAAUUGGCAGUUAUUAUCUGAAUUGACUCCAGACCCACUCGGAUUGUCUGCAUCAUCUGCAAUGUCUCUCUACGACUCACGUCAUCGACCACAGUGUACGGCUGUUUCGGUCAUCAAACAGGAUCUUAUACUGACUCAUUCGUCGCAGUGGAAUAAAAAUACGAAAGACAGUAAACAGUCAAUAUUAUCAGUGGAUACUAAAAGAUCAGAUGAAAAUAAAAAUUCAAAUCCCGAUAACGCGCAACCAACAAGAAAAGAAUUAACUGGAGGAUUUGAAAGUAAUGAAGAAUAUACUUACGUGCGCGGAAGAGGCAGGGGCCGCUACGUCUGUUUGGAAUGUGGGAUACGUUGCAAGAAACCCUCAAUGUUAAAGAAACACAUUCGUACUCACACGGACGUACGACCUUAUACCUGUGUACAUUGUUCUUUCAGAUUUUCAUAUUCCAGUUUUAAAACCAAAGGAAAUUUAACUAAGCAUAUGAAAAGUAAAGCUCACUACAAAAAAUGUUGCGAGUUGGGCAUAAAUCCAAACGAAGGAAAUGACGGUGAAGGUGGGGAGAUGAAUCAGUGCUCUGGUGAAACAGAUGACGAAACAGAUUCCGAAGGUGAUGAAGGAAAUGAAGGAGAAACCGAAUCUAGUGAUACUGAAGCUUGUAAGUCUCGAUUGCCUGAGCAUGAAGCUGCUCAUUGUUUAUUGUCUCUGGGAGGAUCAAGACCGACUACAUCAGCUGCACCUGGUCUGUUGACAAGUGCACGACCAUCCACGUAUCCAUACACCCCUACAGGGUUAGAUAAUUUAACAUUAGAACAAAGUCCUGAAAAACAAUUAUCACGAAGUGCAUCAGUAGAUUCGCGAAUAGACUCUGAAAAUGAACCGAUGGAUCUGAGUAAAAAUGAUGCAAAAACGCAACCACAUUUACCUGAGAUACCGACUGCUCGAGAAUCGAGUGUAUUAGCUUCUUUAGCUUCAAAUACAGCUAAACUUCCACAGCCUCAAACACAGUGGUCGAAUGGAGAGCCAAUGCUUCACACCUAUUUAACAGAAAGAGCACUACUGGAUUCUAAAAUAAAGCAGAGCCAACUAGCAUGUAAUUUACCUAAAAUAAGGAAAGUCGACAUGGACAAAUCGUUAUUCGCUGAAAGUAAUACUAACACUGAAAACGAGAAAAAGCCAGUGAUAACUACUAAAAAUAAUAUCAUACCUGUGACGACACCCAAGAUAGUUACUUUUACGAAACAGACAAGUGAAAGUCAAGAUCAAGUUAAUCAAAUAACCGCCUGUAAAGAAGAAAAUACAAUAACAAGAGAUUCUCCUGCUCCUAUAAAUAACACAAGUGUCGAUUCUAAAAUAAUUCAUGCUGCAGGUAACACUAAUGCAGAAAACGCAAAACAUGUUGUUUCUGAAUAUUUGAAACAAGCCAGAAUAAAUUUAUUGAAUUCGCAAGACGAAAUUUUAAAUAAUACAAUCGAAAGCUCUGGCGAUGAUAGUAACAAUGUAAAGAUAAACGUUAUAGAAGCGGCAAAAGGUGAAGAAUCGAACACUUCCGAAGCGGAAUCGAUUAAACUACCAUCGUUAGAUCACGAUCCUGUAGCACGUAAAGUCGUCAUAGGGGUCGGAGGUGUCGCAUUCAAAGUAUCGAAAGGCAAAGAAUUUGAAAACUCUUCGUCUUUUCCACCUGGCAGGCUGAUGGAAGACGGUCGUAGAGUAUGUGAUUUCUGCAACAAGACGUUUACUAAACCUUCACAAUUACGUCUCCACCUCAAUAUUCAUUAUAUGGAGAGACCAUUUAGAUGUAGCGUCUGUGCAGUCAGUUUCCGUACAAGGGGUCACCUUCAGAAGCACGAGCGCUCCGGUUCUCAUCAUAAUAAAGUUUCUAUGACAUCUACUUUCGGUGCAGCGACUUCGUUUAAUCCCAGACCGUUUCGUUGUUCAGAUUGUAAUAUAGCAUUUCGAAUACAUGGGCAUUUAGCGAAACAUCUUAGGAGUAAAAUGCAUGUGAUGAGACUCGAGUGCUUAUUCAAAUUACCAUUUGGAACAUUUACGGAGAUUGAACGUGCCGGUGUUAGUUUAACGGACAUUGAUACUACAGAUUGCGCCAGUUCUCUUGCGAGUCUUCAGUCGUUAGCUAGGAAACUGCACGAGAAAGACCCUACCAAAUUGGAAUAUCGAGAGCCUUCCAGCUCAGCGAUGAGCGGUGUUCCUGCGAGUCGGGAAUCCUCUGAAGACGACGACGCUAUGAGUUGUGAAAAAACAUGUGACGAUGAAAAAGACAGUGAAAAUAGUGAAAGUCAAGACAGAGAUACACGAGUUAUAUAUAGUGCCACAGAUAAUUAGUGCCAAACUAAGUUAAGUAGGUUAUUUAAUGUGCAAUUUGUUUUUGUUGUUUAUUUAAGAUGUAAUUAUUCAUAAUGGGGUUUGACUCGGAAGUGUGAAACAGAACAAUGCGCUUUAAUUAUUAUAUUGUACGUAUUGUUUCAAUAUGAUUUUUGCGUCGUCUUGUAAAUAAUUUAAAUAGUUUUAAAAUUGUUAAAUUUGCUUCCAUUUUAGUGUAUAAGUACAUUUGUUACUAGUAAUUUUUAAUAGAUAUUUAAAAGAUUUCUUGGAACCUAGGAACUACAUCAUAAGAAGUUAUUUACAAACUUCCUCUCAAAUAGUGAAGAAAUCUUACAGAACAUAUUAUGUGGUCCAUUGAAAGGGAAUGAAAUACUUGAAAUAUCAAUAAAACAUAUUACAAAACAUAAAAAUAUAAUCAAGUAUAUCUCAAUAAGUACCAUAAAACUUUUUGUAUGUAUUUUUAUAAAUAUUAUAGUGAGUAUUUAUACUGUAAAAUAACAACGACUUCCAAUCAUCUUAUCUUUGAAAAUUGGCAUAUCAACUUCCAUAAACGAAAAUUAGAUAUAUACUGGUACUUGUAUAAAAUCCUUAACAAGUCUUCCAUAUCAAAAAUAGUUUUUGUGCUAGUUAUUUGUUCAUACUAAUAGCAUAUAUUAAUAAAUUUGGGUGUAUUUGAAAUUUCAACACCCAAUUUAUAUCAUUGUUUGUAUUAUACUAUCAAAUAAAUAGGUAUUUACUCGAUAUUAUUGUUCAUCGAGGAAUUUAGAUUAUAAUAAUAAUGUACUUUGUACAUAAUAUGUGCAAAAUAUAAAGCCGUAUAUCGUAUAACAAAGUGGAAACUUGAAACUAAUGAAUACAUACAUUUAUUACUAUAUUUUUAAAUGUUUUAAAGGCGUAAAGGAAUUGCGUUAGUUUUAAAUUUUCACUAAAUAUCUAAGUAGCAUCUACUUAUAAAAACAAUUGCUUAGUUAUAUGAUUAAUUCCAAAAUAUCUACAUGUAAUGUCAUAUUUUUGUCUCAUGUCAACGUUUUAAAAUGGUACAUUCAAUAAGUUCGUUUGUAUUAAAAAGAUCAGAACUGGGUUUCAUAUAU